CUUCCUACGCAGUCUACACCCGCACGAACAACUUCAGCGUCACACCACACCGUUCUGCUAUAGAAAGCCAUUCGUUAACAAACAGCAACACAGCAAGCUAACAUGUCAGACAAGAAACAGACAGUGGACCUUGGCUUACUGGAGGAGGAUGAUGAGUUUGAAGAAUUCCCAGCUGAAGAUUGGACGGGGCUGGAUGAAGAUGAAGACGCUCAUGUUUGGGAAGACAACUGGGAUGAUGACAACGUAGAGGAUGAUUUCUCAAAUCAACUGAGAGCUGAAAUGGAAAAACAUGGUUACAAGAUGGAGACAUCUUAGCAGCUAACAAGGCCGUUCAGUAUUUGAAGACAUUGGAUAUGGACUUUUAUAUUUCAAUAUUACUGGUUGACCACAUACCACCAGAAGAGAUUGUAGGAUCUUAAUUUGUUUUUGUAAUAAAUAUUGAUGGAAGUAAAUUCUUAAGAGAACACUGUU